AUGUCGCCAGCCAAUUUUAAGCUCCUUCAGACCCCGCGGACGGGCAAGGGAAAGCGGUCGCGCAUCAAUCUUAGUCCGGCCAAGGGCGCACACUCGAUUCGUUUCGACGAUGUUCUGCUUCCUGUGUCUCCGACUAGGAAGUUGAAUGGUCGACAGCGCUCAUUAUCUCCAGAAAAGGCACAGGCGGAUGGAAACUUGAGCCCGUGGAGGAUUCGAGUAACGCUCGAGGCAACACAAGACGAGGAAAUGAAUCAAGGGAGCCCGGCGCGCAAGCGGCCGAGGCCGUCGACGGCUACGACAGUCAAAAUACCGCUCAAGGACGCCGAAGAUCAUGCGGAACAGUCACCAAAAAGGCGCAGAGGGAGACCAAGGAAGUCGGACAUACGGGAACAGGAUGCUACACCUACAGCAGGCAGUCCAGGACACACACCGGGCCCAGCAGGCGCAAGUGGGCAGAAGAGAAAGCGAGGUCGACCAAGGAAACAGUCUCUCAAUCCGGAUACGGUAGACGGCGAUACGCAAGUGGCUGAUUCGGCGGAUCAUCAAGACACCCGGCCCGUUGAGCCUGAACUGGAGGCCGAACAACGAUGGAGUCCGUUGAACCUUGCUGGGGACGCAGACUCGGACGACGACGCUUUGCCGGAGGGUUUCAUGCUUGUCGAUACUUUUCCAGAAGACAACAACAUGGGGCAACCCGAUGCGGCCGCUUGGGAUCGGAGCUCCCCCCGAAUACAUAAUGAGCGUACGUAUGACACACCAGAUGUGACUGCAGUGGAUCAGAUAUACGGACAAAGACAUGAUGAAGAACCGCAGUCGACCCCCUCAAAAAUGCCGUCGCCCUCUCGAGAAAGCCAAGGAUUCUCCCCAGAAAAUACACUACAUGCUGGUCAUACACCCAGACCGCCACGCUCAUACCCAAGUCCAACGUCCUCCUCUCUGGGUGACGAUGACAGAGCGGUCCAAGUUGCAUCUAGGGCACAUCCUGAAGAAUCUGGCCAGGAACAGAAGACGACUCGUCCUACAAAUGACCCAACAGAAGAACAUAGGGAGUUUGAUUCUAUCAUGGAAAGCGAAGGCUUUAGCAUGGUUUCAUUGGAUACACUACCCUCGGUCAGACAACACGGGCUGAGCAUCAACUCGCAGAGUGGCAAUGGUGCUCUGAAGCCCUUCCUAGCCCGAGAGAAGAUGACGAAUACGGAGAAAUCGAAGCGCAAGGUGUCAAGCCUGAACCUGAAUCCUAGGAAGAAUUCCCCAGAUGUAGAGGUGGAAAAAGAAUCGAGAUUGCAGGCAACAGAGCCUCAAGCAUUGCCCGUGUCCGCCGAGAAAAGACGGUCUGCACCUCUAUUGCGUGAAUCCCCUGUUCCAGCUUUUGUUCCCAAGCAAAGAAACCCACUUGCGAGGCUGGCUCGAAUUAUCCGCGCAGGCGUAGCCCUUGAAGGCACCCUUCGGCGUCCAUACGAGGGGGCACCUGUGCCGACGCCUGGUACACCGGAUCUGAGAGAACAAAUUUCUAGUCUGGAAGCACCCAAAAGGCGGUUAGAGCUCUUGUUCAGCGACUUACACCCGAGAAUGAGACGAGAACUGCGCGCAGGCUUGGGGUUUGCACAAGAGCUCGCAAAAAGGAGGAGAAAGACGGAGAUUGAACGGGCAAGACAAACGGCAUCAGUAGAAGCAAGAUUGACGGGCAAUGCCAGAGGCGCAACCACAACUCCUCAACAGGUACUCAGCGGAACUGCUGUGAAGGACACUCCGAGUACAGAAAUGAAACGGCGACUGGAGGAAUGGCAGCGGGAGAGGGAAGCCGUGAGCCGAGAGAUCCAGAUGGCGAACGCCAGUCAAGUCAUUGUGGUUGACAGUGACACGACGGGGCCACCGAGUCCGGAGAUUGAUGCGAACGGCGAUCAAAUGGGGAGUCAGUCAGACGAGGAGGCUGAUCCCGGGGGUUCCCGUGGGCAAGAGUUGGGAGAUUAUCAGGCCCGGGAAGUGUAUGACGAAGACAUACCCGACCAGGAUGUUGAUCUAGGUGAAUCGCCGCAGCAUGACUUUGAACCUGGUCUGGCUGAAGAGAUUUACGAAGAGGAAGACGAAGAGGGCUAUGAGGAUAUCUGGCAACAAGAAGCGAGAGACCAUAGCAGCAUCUCGCAUCGCUCGUCAACGUUGCACAGAAGGGAAAAUGAUGACGUCGAAGCACGUCAAGAAUCGAACCCAUCGGAGAGCAGCCCUGCGCCAAGCGAGCCUAGGGAAAACUUCUCUCCAAAGUCCUGGACGAACGAUAACGCUAAGGUGCCGUUUUUGGGCCAUUCGCGCGUCAAGAGAUUGCGCGAGGAGACAGUGGAUCUCUCCGCUGUGCUUCGUGGGGAGGAAACCCCUCGGCACAUUCGUCGCUAUUACGGUCAAAGCAGCCCUGAAAAGAGUGCGAACGGAGAUUCACCGGAGCAGCAACGAUCAAAUGCCGAUUAUCCGGAAGAGAAUGCGGAAGAUCAUGGGCUCGAAGACGACCAAGGUUCACGCAUCUAUCUGGAAUCAAGCCCUAACAGGGCUUCGGAUGAUGACACAUUUCAGAUCGACCCUACUACAAGGCACGAGAGCGAAAUGCAACGUGCAGAUCGGAUGGCGGAGGAGAUCGAGAACGAGCAUAUUCCAGCUACCGCGCUAGCCGACAAACGUUCCGCCUACGAAGAAAAUAGUACUACUCCUGCACAGAAUCGACAGUUCGGUGGAGAUGGUCAGGCAUCAACCUGGUUUCAGAAGAUUACUAGUCUUACUCCCGGUUGGCUGAAAGCUCCAGUUCGAAAGUCAUUCGGACCAGCCAGUCCUGGGUCUGGAGAAGUCUCAGAAGAGGAGCCUGACGUCAGAUCAGCCAACGCACAGACGCUUCUUGACGAUCAAAUGUAUCCCGAAGAGACGGAUGAGACAUCAAGGCAGGGUCUGCAGUCCCCGGAGCAGAAUAACGCGCAGCCGGACUCGCCUACGUCAAGUGCCGCUCGACCCGUCGAAGAUGUCAGAGUCGAGACCUACGAACCUCACUUUCCGCUCGCUGUCUCAGGAUAUUUCACAGACAAUCACUACGUUCUCCUGCGACGGCUUUAUCGAUUGGCAAAACGUCAUCCAGAACGGUUUCCUUAUUAUCCAGCACCUGGCCGCUCUGACAUCAUUGGUGAUUGGAUUUGGACAUCGGACGGUGAGCAUGGGGUGCGUGUUACCGAGACCCAGUUUGCCAUCAUUGACCGAUUUGUGCAAGAGCUGGCUCGUGGCGACCUGCAGGCGGGUGGGACGGGCCAGAUUGGCUGGACAGAAGCCGAUAUGCAUAGAAGACUGAUCAGUGUCAUCAUUGGCGAGCGCAUUAGAGAGGAAAUGAAGGCAGAGAUGGGCGACAAGGCGUCAGCUCAGCAGAUAGGAGGUAGAGGAGCCGCUCUCACGGCGUGGCGUCGAUGA